AUGUCAGAGAAGGACGUCGAGGUCGCCAGCAAGUCCGACUGCUUCGCGCAAGUCGAGGAAGUGCCAGGUCAUCAUACCGGGCUCGAGGGCACAUUGCGUGACGAAUCGGACGACACUGGCGUUGUGCGCGCACUUAAGAGCCGCCAUAUCCAGUUGAUUGGUAUCGGGUCCGCCGUCGGCAUCGGCCUGUUUAUUGGAUCUGCUCGCAGUCUCAUCUAUGCCGGCCCUCUAGGGUCGCUGCUGGGGUACACACUGUUCGGAUUCAUCCUUUGGGGAGUUUGUCUCUGUGCGGGUGAGAUGGCCGCAUUCAUGCCCAUCCGUGGCGGCCACCUUGCCUGGGCCCACAUGUACCUCGACCCAGCAGCUUCCUUUGCAAUUGGGUGGAACUACAUUUACGCUUGCCUCAUGUUCGGCUGCGCGGAUAUCAUCGCUGUUUGCGGUUUGAUGGAGUACUGGUUGCCGGACGUCAACGUUGCGGCAUGGAUUGUCAUGACGCUGGCAAUCGUCACGGUACUCAACGUCUUCCAUGUCAAGUUCUUUGGAGAGUCAGAAUUCUAUUUUGCGUCGCUCAAGGUUCUCCUCAUUAUCGGUCUGCUGAUGAUGACCUUUAUCGUCAUGCUCGGAGGCAACCCCAAGCACGACCGUAUCGGCUUCCGGUACUGGAAGAACCCUGGGCUGUUUGCCGAAUAUCACAGCAAGGGUGCAAUGGGGCGGUUCUUGGGAUUCUUCCAGGUCUUCAAGAUUGCAGCGUUCUCCAUGGGCGGGCCAGACACCAUGGCCAUGUGCGCAGCCGAGGCCGUCCAGCCCCGCAAGGUUCUUCCUCGUGCCGUCAAGGCCAUCGUUUUCCGCCUCGCCGUCUUCUUCGUCCUCGGCGCCGUAGCUAUUGGCGUACUUGUCCCGUACAACGACCCCUUCCUCAUCGAGUCGGUCGAGACCGGCGUUGGUGCGAACGCUUCAGCUUACGUCGUUGGCAUGAAGCGCCUCGGAAUCAAGGUCCUCCCGCACAUCUUCAAUGCUGUCUGUGUGACCUCUGCUGCGAGCUGCACGAACGGGUUUGUGUAUCUUUCGAUGCGCAUCCUCCAAUCGAUGGCCCUCCGUGGUGAAGCCCCAAAGUUCUUCGCCAAGACCAACAAGCACGGAGUGCCUCUCAACUGUUUCUACUUUGUCUUCGCCGUACUCUGCCUCAGCUUUAUGCAGCUCAGCAACAACGGCGCCACUGUCUUUGGCUGGUUUAUCGACCUCUCGUCAGUCGCAACCAUGAUCAACUAUGCGGCCAUGGAUAUUUUGGGCAUCCGCUUCCACGCCGGCCUCAAGAAGCAGGGCUUUAACUCAAAGACCUUUUUGCCGUGGCGAACGCGUUACACCGUUCCAUGGGCGUACUGCUCCGUCUUUUUCCUCGUCAUUAUCACCCUCUUCCAGGGCUGGGAGGUGUUCACCAAGGGCGGCUGGGACCUCCGGUCAUUCUUCACCUGCUAUUUUGGAUUGGCGUUCUUCGCCAUCUGCUUCAUCUUCUGGAAGAUCAGGUACAAGACCAAGGCGGUUCGUCUCGAGGACAUGGACUUUACGUCGCGCCUCCAGGAGUUUGAUGACCUGGACGCCUACUACAAGGAAAACCCACCGGUCUCCACGUCGCUCUGGAACAAGUUCCUCGACAAGAUCUUCUAA